UUGUGGCUUUAGCGGUCUAGCUUUGAAUCUUUUUGUUCUUUUGCUUUUUGCUGACACCCUUCUUUCCACAGAUCUUACUCUUGCAGCCUUGCUGGUUUCUUCCUAAUUAUAUGCUCAGCCUGUUUAUCUCGUUUCUGCUGACAAGGCUUGCCUCGCAGAGAGUCAGGGAAUAAAAUCUGUCAAGACAUUGUCCGGAGCCGUCCUUAGUGUUGGGCUUUCUUCAAGAGCCUCGCGGUACAAGAUUCAACAUAACAUAAAGCAGGCCACACGAGUCCCUACGGCACCGUUCACUGUAGGCAAUUCUUUGCUCGAUUCUCUGCUCACUUGGGUGGGGCAUACAUCAUGUUUGACGCUUUCUACCUCAACGACAGCCUGGGCAGCCCAACCCACCUGCUGCUCUCGGGACUUGCCACGAUUCUCCCCCUUUCCACCUGGAUCGGCUUCAUCAAUGCGCCCUUGGUGCUACAUCUCUUUGAGCUCACAGGUCAGAUCCCUCUGUGGUCGUGGGCAGUCUCCAACGAGGGAAGAAAGCUGCUGGGUGAAGUGCCAGCUCCAGAUGGAAAAUGCGUGAUGGAUCGCUUCGGGCGCUCGCCGAAUCUAGUUUGCCUGGAUGGGAGAUACGGCGACAAGUAUUUUGCGGCCAAUCCGGAGACUCUGCGUCUCUGCGUCGGCUCAACACCCGCUUACCAGAUCAAGAAUCAGCACACGAACCUGGCCCUGGUCGAUAAACGCGUGCACGACCUGGCAUUCAUCCAUGUCUGGCGCGCCCAAGAUGAGGACAGGGAAUCCAUUACCACGGCCUCCUUGUUCCCACGCCUCUUCUCCUGGACUGGUUGGGCGGUCCUGCUUGCCUUCGUAGCCGCUGCCAUCUACCUUCACUGCUGGGUCGCAAUCGCCUACCUGGCCGUCGUCCCCGCCACCGGCAUGGCAGUCUACUACACACGAGGCGGGCCCCGCAAACUACGUAUGGACGCCUCAUCAAGCCAGUACCAGCGCCUCGUCAUAACAGCAAACCAUAUGAACGAGACCGCCUGGCAAGUCUUUUACGGUGAAAGCACCGUCGUCAACCGUCUCCUGAACUGGCCGCUCAAAUCCCACACCCACCCUAGCGCGAACCACUGGCUGCUUCGCCUGUUCCUACAGGCCAUGAUCAUGGGCCAGUGGGUGCUCGUCGUGCUCGCCUCCGCCUGGCGGACCUGGGACGCAUAUCUUAUUUCCGGCUGGAUUGCCUUCAGCGUUUUUUCUAACUCCUGGGUAUUUACGCCGGACCACCUGACGGCGGAGUGGAUGGCGCGCCACGCAGGAAUCCGCAUGAAGCGGUACUGCACGCAACUGAGCUCUCGGCGUGCGCUACUAAAUACCCUCAUUGCCCUUAACCCAGACAGUUUCCCCACCAACAAUAUCUCCGGGCGGACAGACACGUCGAAGAUCUCGGAGGGUGGGUUCGCGUGGAUCGACCCGAUUCUAAAAAAAGGCGACGACCGGACACGGUGGGAGAAUUCAACCCGGUAUGCGCUUGUAAAGGCGAUGGCGAUCAAUGACAACGAAAAUGCCGCGUCUCGCUUGGGCGCUGAAACGCAUGAUUUUCAAGACCAUGUCACCCACGGGGGCACAACGGCCGAGACGGGAACGGAAUACUGGCAUCCGUUCAUUCACGAGGGGAUUCAGAUGGCAAGGUUAAUUGUGCGGGCGGCGGGGCUUGACCAGUCGGCUGGGGAUUAUGAUUCCCAAGCCAGUGCCUCGAAUGUUGAUAUAUACCCUGGCCAAGGGGCGGGGGAAUCACAAGCGUAUUACUCCAACUAAUGGGAAAUUGGGGCUUGAGGAAGCGGCAGGGCCAAGAUGUGAGCCAGACGAAUAUGAAUCCAGCAGUUCUGGUCGGGUCGUAAGGGUUUUGGGACGAGACUCACCAUAUUGUGCGUGAAUUUACAUAUUUAAGCCAUAAUCCUUGAUUUCAGUUCAACAAUAAAAGAUAAUUUUAUAUAG